AUGGCACAGCUGGCCAACUCGACCACCGGAGCCAACAGUCUGAAGGCUGUCCAGAAGCCCUCCCCCUUCAAAGGUGAACAAGGAGGUGAGGCACGGUGUUUCCUGGCCGCAUUCACCCUUUGGGCCAUGUCCCAAGGUUUGACACUCAACCACAUCGAUGCCAUGGGCAACGCGAUCGGUGCGCACGACGACCAGUGGAUUUGGGCGGUCCUCUCGUUCAUGCAGGACAGUGCGGCUCUCUGGGCCACUCCGGCGAUGGAGGAGAUCACGCAGGGCACCACCCCAUUCAAAGGCUCGUGGACAGAAUUUCGCACCCAGUUUAAGGCCCGUUUUGAAACCGUGGAUGAGGCCGUGGACGCAAAGGAACGUCUCCGUACGCUAUGGCAAGGCACCAUGACUGUUCCGGAGUACGCCGCACGGUUCAAUGAGGUCUCCACCCGCACCGGCUACUCCAAGGCAGACCUCCGCGACCGCUUUUACGAACACCUUGCGGACUCCAUCAAGGACGAGCUGGUGCACACGGCAAGGCCAAUUGCGUCCCUGGAAGAUCUCAUCACCAUCUCCUCGGACAUUGAUGUCCGUGUCCGCCAACGCUGUUGUCACAGCCGACGAGCUCGCAGACGCACCAUGACCACCGCCACUGCCACCAAACCAACAGCCCCGCUGCACACCACACCCUUCACAUCGCCGACCAGAAACCCGAACGCGAUGGACAUUGACGCCACUUGCACGCGCGAAGAGUUCAACCGCCUCAUGCGCGGCAAGUGCUACAGUUGCGGGUCUACGGUGCACGUCAAGAAGGACGGGGGCCACGACCAGGACGUCUGUAACUACUGUUGCCGUGUAGGGCACCGCGAGACGGUAUGCAUGGACAAGUUCCUGAAGAAGCCCCGAUCGCAGAAGCUCGCUGCAACGGAGGAGGGACCCGAGGAACCCCAGGUCGCAGCGUCGACGUCGUCGUCCACAGACGCUGGAGCGACCAACACCCUCAUCGCCCAGCUCAUGGAGCAGCAGAAGGCCCUCACGGAUCAGCUUGCUUCCCUCCAGAAGUCUUUUUAG